AUGCCGGGAAGAACUCGUCCAGUUGAGAAGAUUGCCAAAGCUUCAGCCCAAUGCUCCGUAGAGGUUGCGGCAUACGGAAAGUGUGUUGUUACGGAUUACAACUCGGUACAUAAAGAUAUGUGUGUCAAAGAGUUUAUGCGACUGAAGAAUUGCUACCUGGCGGCAUCCAAAAAGGGCUAA